GCGGACCUCGCGCGGCAACACCGACGCAGCUGUUUGUGCCUGAAGCUCCGUUACAACCACAGCACACGAUCACUUGUCAUCACAUUUGCACUGUCCGCCCACCUUCGCCGACCGCAACCGGAAUCUCCAUCCUAAUCGCAGCGGUACUGCGGAGUCAAAGAUGGCGAUAGACGAUACUGAGAAUGCGAAGCGGAUAAUCGCAGCCCGGAAGCUGUCUGCAACCAACCCACGGCAGGCAGAGAUCGUCUACAAGGACAUUCUAUCAAGACCGCCGGGACAGAACGACAAGGCAUUGCGCGAUUUCGAAAAUGCUCUCACUGCGCUCGGCGAGCUGCUUCGAGAUCAACAGCGCACACAGGACCUCGUCAGCCUCAUAGAACAGACGCGGAAUGUCCUCACGAGCUUCGCAAGGGCGAAGACAGCAAAGCUGGUACGACAAUUGCUCGACCUCCUCGCCGCCAUCCCCAAGACCACCGACACGCAGAUCGCCGUCACGAAAUCAUCGAUCGAUUGGGCCGUUUCUCAGAAGCAAGGCUUUUUGCGACAGAGUCUGGAGGUACGGCUGGUGAACCUGUACAUGCAGACACAGGCAUACUACGAUGCGCUCACUCUCAUCAACAACUUGCUCAAGGAGCUCAAGCGGUUGGAUGACAAGUUGGUGCUGGUCGAGGUGCAGUUGUUGGAGAGCAGAGUCUACCACGCCUUGGGAAACAUUCCUAAGGGAAGAGCUGCACUGACAAGUGCGAGGACAAGCGCGGCAUCAGUGUACACACCACCACUUCUGCAAGCUGGGCUGGACAUGCAGUCUGGACAGCUACACGCUGAAGACGGUGACUUCAACACGGCAUUCUCAUAUUUCAUCGAAGCCAUGGAGGGCUAUCACGGACUGGACGAUGCUACCAAGGCAACUGCUGCUCUGCAGUACAUGCUUCUCUGCAAGAUCAUGCUGAACCUCAAGGACGAUGUCGAUGCGCUCAUGACCUCGAAGCAUGCCAUUAAGUACGCAGGAAAGAACUUGGACGCCAUGAAGGCCGUCGCUCGUGCACACAACAAUCGGAGUCUGGAAGAGUACGAGCAGGCUCUGCACUCAUAUCGCUACGAGCUCGGAAGCGAUCGCUUCAUCGCAUCACAUUUGCGUCGCCUCUACGACAGCAUGUUGGAGCAGAACUUGAUCAAGGUCAUUGAGCCAUUCUCGCGCGUCGAGAUCACCCACGUUGCGAAGAUGGUCGGGUUGGAUGUUGGUCAGGUCGAGCGCAAGCUGGCGCAGAUGAUUCUGGAUCGAGUCAUCAUCGGCAUCGUUGACCAGGGGCAAGGUGUGCUCGAGAUUUUCGAAGAAGCGGAGCGGGACAAGGGCUACGACGCCGCGCUCGACACGAUUGGGAAGCUGGGCAACGUGGUCGAUGUGCUGUACGCGAACCAGGCGAGCCUGCUUGAGUAGGUCGAGUACUUUUCAUGAAACAUGAGAAACGCGUGCUGCCACUGUACCAUAGUCGCUAGCAUAGACUGGCAGCAAGCAUGAAAAUGAAGCAUUCACGAACUCAACAAAGU